AUGAAUAGUUUGCCUAUCUACUAUCUUAGCCUAUACAAGAUGCCAAAGGUGGUAGCGGAGAAGUUGAUCUCACUCCAAAGGCGCUUCUUGUGGAGUAAAGAGAAUGGGAGAAAUGGGAUACCACUAGUAAAAUGGGAAGUGGUGAUGGCUCCAAAAAAGGCAGGUGGUCUGGAAAUUGGAGACGCAGUAAUUCGGAAUACAGAUUUGCUCUUUAAGUGGUGGUGGAGGUUCUCAAAAGAGAAUUGUCCCCUGUGGAAGAAAGUCGUCUGCUCCUGUAAUAACUUGAAUCCGAAUGAGAUGCUGUGUGGUCAGCCUGUACCUACAAAGGGGGGUCCUUGGAAGGAUAUUUGCCAGUUACAAAUCAGUGAGCCACAUGUGAGAGAAAAAAUGAUCAGGGGUUUGUAUAUGGAUGUAGGGAAUGGCAGAAUAGUACGAUUCUGGGAGGAUAUAUGGUUACCUCACGGUGUUCUUAAAGAGUUGUUUCCAAGGCUUUUCUCGAUCUCAUACCUCAAAGAUUCUGUUAUUGGGGAUUGCGGAUUUUGGGAUGGGCUAGAGUGGAUAUGGAAUUUUCAAUGGAGGAGAGAGCUUUUUCAGUGGGAGUUGGAACUAGUGUUGCAGGAAGCGGCUCUCCCGGAGGAAAUAACAAGCUAUAGCUUCACAAGUGCGAUUUGGGAGGGUUUCGUUCCACCAAGGAUCGAGUUAUUCUCUUGGUGUGGUGUGCUUGGCUAUUCGCUCUUGGAAGAAAAUGGACCAUGUCUGGCACACUCAAACAACACUUUGAAAGCUGGGCAAAUGCCGCAGCAAGAAGAGGUUAUAGUGUUCUUCUUAGUUGUUCUAGGUAUUACUGUAGUUGUUUUUCUAGUUCUUCUGGACGAGGUGGACCACUUUAGAGUGGAAUAUGCUUCCAGGAUUCUAUUCCAUGACAUGAAUCUAGACAAAGCUGAAGCCAUUAGGAAAAGUAAUGCAAUAAGACUGUUCAAGCCAUCCUCGUUUUUAUUGAGUCCAUAUUGUCAGAUAGAUUCUGAGGAUAUUGACACUGUUUAA